AUGGUGGAAAAGGUUCACUCCUCCUUCAUCGUGAACCCAGACCUGCCGCCAACCCACGCCGCGGGCAAACUCGCCCGUGAAGUUUGUUUGAUUUCGCAUAUGUUACUCCUGCUUGUUUCUGAUUGGGGUUCAUCAGUUUCUGGUUGGGGUAGUUGUUUUAAGUCGAAUGGUGUGGUCCUCCUCUGGCCUCAUUUCUGGUUUGGAAUUGGUGUUCUCAAGAUGCUUGCAAUGACAGAUUCUCCUCUAUUUAUUGCUAAUACAUUUGAAGCAAUUAAAAUACCAGCAAGUAUACAAGGCACUGUGGUGUGUGCUGCUAAAGGUCCAAGACUAAGAUAUCCCCGAGUUUGGAAGACUCAUAAAAGAAUUGGGACCAUUUCUAAGGCUGAUAAGCUUGUUAAGUCUAUUAAGGAACUGUCAAAUGUAAAAGAAGAAGUUUAUGGAGCUCUUGAUGCCUAUGUUGCUUGGGAAUUAGAGUUUGUUAGACAAAUGACAUCUAGAGGGAGUGAAAAAGGCACUCAAGACCCUAGAAUUGGAACAAGAGUGGAAGUGGGUAAUACAGUACUUGAUGACCGACUUGAGGAAGCUGAAGAAAUUUGGACAAAGUUAUUAAUGCAGUAUAUGGAAAGUUUACCUCGUAGAUUUUUCGAUAAAAUGAUAUCUCUCUACCAUAAGAGGGGCAUGCGUGAAAAGAUGUUUGAGAUAUUUGCAGACAUGGAAGAACUUGCUAUGCGACAUAGUAUUUCUACUGUCAAAAUGAUUGGAGAAGCCUUCAAAGAGCUGGGUAUGCUAGACAAAUACCAGAGGUUACAUGCAAAAUAUCCACCACCACAAUGGGAAUACAGAUACAGCAGAGGAAAACGUAUAAGAGUCAAAGUGCAAGUUCAAUCUAGACAGGUCAACACAUACACCCAAAGGCUUGAGAAUGUUGAACCAGACUCGGACUAA